CAGAGGAGGGAAGGGGACCGCAGUCCGGGAGGAGAUUUGGGGAGCGGGGACGCAAACCUUCGGGACGUGGCGUUGGCUUAGAGAAAGGAGCUGCCGCCCGCCCUGGGAGCGCAUUUAAUAUCGGAGGGGGAAAGAGGGGAGAGAGGAGCGGGCGGGGGAGGCAGAGAGUUCCAGCUGAAGUGGAUGGAAGGGGACCGGGGCUUAUGCCGCGCUGGGAGCCGCGAGUCGGGGCGAUGUCGCUAAGGACCGCGCGGAGCAGCUGCGCUCCCAGGAACGCAUCUCUUGGCAGAGGACUAGCCGGCGUCGGGAAGGUCUGCGAGAAGAGGGACCAACUUGUGGCUCCAAAAUGUACCCGACGCAGCUGGAAAUGAGAUCAGAGCUGCAGUUUCAUUCGAGAAGGAUGAGAGGAGCCAGCGACUAAGGAUUUUUUUUUUUUUUUAACCCUCCUUCGUUCCAUUUUCUAUCCUCUUUCCUUAUUUUUUUCACUUGCCUGACAAUCCCGUGGAGCCCCUCGCUUCGCCCUCCUUAUUUGAAAUAAAAGCCCAAUUUGAACUUCUUUCGUCGCGGCGCCCCUGGAUUCGCAGCCCGCUGAUGGAUGAGAAGGGGACCCGGUGGCUGGCAGGGGCCACCGGCGAGGGACCGCGUCACGCGUCUCCCCCGUGAUCCCGGCCCUGAUCCUGGAGUUCUGCUACACCUGGAGAAUCUGGACCGGGUGCCGGGGGUGGGGGCGGGGACAGAGGAAGCCCUAGCCACCCCGAACCUUUAAAAAAAAAAAAGAAGAAGACGAAGUAGCUGGGGGAAGGAAUGGGUUUCUUCUUGACAGCUGACGGAGCCUUGAAAUUUUCCUCCACUACCUCCGCCCCCUCCCCCGCCCCCGCCCCCCGCACUCCAUUUAAUGUGAGAUUAUGAAAUUGCAGAGGCGGCGGAGGGAAGGAGACAGGAUAUAACAGAGUUUGGAGGGAGAGGGGAAGGUGGCUGGCCGGGUGGCUGAAAUCAAAAAUCCAAUUGCGCACUGGGUUGUGAUGAGAAAUCUAAUCAGAUCUCUGGAGAAGGGGCCGGCCGGAAGGGUGGCGAGUGGGGGGAGUUGAGCCCCAAAUUCUUCUUCGAGGUGGGGGCUGGGGAGAGGAAUCGGCUAUGUAAAAGGAGACUUUUUUUUUUUUUUUUGGUGGCGGUGGCGGUUGGGUGCGUUGGAAAAAUGAAGGAUGCGGGACGCAGCUAUCUCUUGGAACCGAACGCAGUGGAUAAACUGAUUGUGCAAGAGAGAAGGAAGAAUGAAGGUUUUUCUUGUGAGACCUGGAUCUUAACACACAUGUGUAUAUGUGCACACAGGGAGCAUUGAAAAAUGAAAUAAGCCAGUGUCAGACCCUCGGGGGUUGAUGUAUUCUGACAUAAAUAAAUAACCAUAAAAACAGCGACCCCUCCCCUCCCCAAAAGGAUGAUUGGAAAUGGAGAACCUUGGAUCCACAAAGAAAAGUAUGUGCUUUUUUUUUUUUUUUUUUCUAUAAAGGAGAAAGUAAGCCAAGGAGAUAUUUUUGGCAUGAAAAGUUUGGGGCUUUUUUAGGAAAGUAAAGACCUGAUAUGGUGGUGUUUUCUUUUUGAAUUUCCCACAAGAGGAGAGGGAAUUAAUAAUACAUCUGCAAAGAAAUUUCGGAGAAGAAAAGUUGACCGCGGCAGAAUGAGGCAUUGAUUGGGAGAGAGAAGCCAGCAGAGGACAGUUGGAUUUGUGCCUAUGUUGACUAAAAUUGACGGAUAAUUGCAGUUGGAUUUUUCUUCAUCAACCUCCUUUCUCCCCCCCCAACCCCCCCCCCCUUUUUUUUCUUUUUGGUGUCAAGAUCAUGCAUUUUUCCACUUGUUCUUAACCACCUGGAUAUCCAUCUGGAUGUUGCUGUGAUCAGUCUGAAAUACAGAGGUCUUGGAAGUCACUCUGUUGGAACCAACAUCCUUGUGAAUUUUCUGCAGGUUGAUUAUUUGAACUCCAGAAGGACCAACACCAGAUAAAUUAUGAAUGUUGAACAAGAUGACCUUACAUCCACAGCAGAUAAUGAUAGGUCCUAGGUUUAACAGGGCCUUAUUUGACCCCCUGCUUGUGGUGCUGCUGGCUCUUCAACUUCUUGUGGUGGCUGGUCUGGUGCGGGCUCAAACCUGCCCUUCCGUCUGCUCCUGCAGCAACCAGUUCAGCAAGGUGAUUUGUGUUCGGAAAAACCUACGUGACGUUCCAGAUGGCAUCUCCACCAACACCCGGCUGCUGAACCUCCAUGAGAACCAAAUCCAGAUCAUCAAAGUGAACAGCUUCAAACACUUGAGGCACCUGGAAAUCCUACAGUUGAGUAGGAAUCAUAUCAGAACAAUUGAAAUCGGGGCCUUCAAUGGUCUGGCAAACCUCAACACGCUGGAACUCUUUGACAAUCGUCUUACGACCAUCCCGAAUGGAGCUUUUGUAUAUUUGUCUAAACUGAAGGAGCUCUGGUUGCGAAACAACCCCAUCGAAAGCAUCCCCUCUUAUGCUUUUAACAGAAUCCCUUCUUUGCGCCGGCUAGACUUGGGGGAAUUGAAAAGGCUUUCAUACAUCUCAGAAGGUGCCUUUGAAGGUCUGUCUAACUUGAGGUAUUUGAACCUUGCCAUGUGCAACCUCCGGGAAAUCCCUAACCUCACGCCGCUCAUAAAACUAGAUGAGCUGGAUCUUUCUGGGAAUCAUCUGUCUGCCAUCAGGCCUGGCUCCUUCCAGGGGCUGAUGCAUCUUCAGAAACUGUGGAUGAUACAGUCCCAGAUUCAAGUGAUUGAACGGAAUGCCUUUGAUAACCUUCAGUCACUGGUGGAGAUCAACUUGGCACACAACAAUCUGACAUUGCUGCCUCAUGACCUCUUCACACCCUUGCAUCAUCUAGAGCGGAUACACUUACAUCACAACCCCUGGAACUGUAACUGUGACAUCCUGUGGCUCAGCUGGUGGAUAAAAGACAUGGCCCCCUCCAAUACGGCUUGUUGUGCCCGGUGUAACACCCCUCCCAACCUGAAAGGGAGGUACAUUGGGGAGCUUGACCAGAAUUAUUUCACAUGCUAUGCUCCUGUCAUUGUGGAACCCCCAGCAGACCUCAAUGUCACUGAAGGCAUGGCAGCUGAGCUGAAAUGUCGGGCCUCCACGUCCCUAACCUCCGUAUCUUGGAUUACUCCAAACGGAACAGUCAUGACACAUGGGGCGUACAAAGUGCGGAUAGCCGUGCUCAGCGAUGGCACGUUAAACUUCACGAAUGUAACCGUGCAAGAUACAGGCAUGUACACAUGUAUGGUGAGUAAUUCCGUGGGAAACACCACCGCUUCAGCCACCCUGAAUGUUACUGCAGCAACCACUACCCCGUUCUCUUACUUCUCAACCGUCACGGUAGAGACUAUGGAACCUUCUCAGGAUGAGGCACGGACCACAGAUAACAAUGUGGGUCCCACUCCAGUGAUCGACUGGGAGACCACUAAUGUGACCACCUCCCUCACGCCACAGAGCACAAGGUCAACAGAAAAGACAUUCACCAUCCCUGUGACUGAUAUCAACAGUGGGAUCCCAGGAAUUGAUGAGGUCAUGAAGACUACCAAAAUCAUCAUUGGCUGUUUCGUGGCCAUCACACUCAUGGCAGCAGUGAUGCUGGUCAUUUUCUACAAGAUGAGGAAGCAGCAUCAUCGGCAAAAUCAUCACGCCCCAACGAGGACUGUUGAAAUCAUUAAUGUGGAUGAUGAGAUUACAGGAGACACUCCCAUGGAAAGCCACCUGCCCAUGCCUGCGAUUGAGCAUGAGCACCUCAAUCACUAUAACUCUUACAAAUCUCCUUUCAACCACACAACAACAGUUAACACAAUAAAUUCAAUACACAGUUCAGUGCAUGAACCGUUAUUGAUCCGGAUGAACUCUAAAGACAAUGUCCAAGAGACUCAAAUCUAAAACACUGACAGUUACGGAAAACAAACAAUCAAAAAAAAAAAAAAAAGACAGUUUAUUAAAAAUGACACAAAUGACUGGGCUAAAUCUACUGUUUCAAAAAAGUGUCUUUACAAAAAAAAAACAAAAAAGAAAAGAUUUAUUUAUUAAAAAUUCUAUUGUGAUCUAAAGCAGACAAAAUUAUGUGUAUUCCUCAGAACCUGUUUUUGCUGCACUUAUUUACUAUUUCCCACAUCUCAUCCUUGCCUUCCCUAUUGCCAUAUUUUUCAUAGGAGAUCUCAGUUCCCUAAAGAACCAGUCUAGGAAAUUUUGUAAGAAUUCUGUUAUACUUUGAGAUUUUUAUGGUGAAUUCUAGUGGUGAGAUCCAGUCUAUUUUGUCUUUCUUUUUUUUCUUUCUCUCUCUCUUUCUUUUCUUUCCUCCCCCUCAUGCCCUUAUGAAGUAGUCCAAUGGGGAAUGCAAUAUUAGAAAUAGAUUUUUAAGAGAGAACAAGGAAAAAAUGCAAGAUCUUAUAUUUUUCAUGUAAUGACCUGUUCUGUAUUUAUGAGGAGGACCAUUCAAUGGGAAAGAAAGAAAAGGAAGCAAGCAACAGAUUAAUUUACAUAUGAGCAUCUAUAAAACCCAUGAUCUUUUAAACAAAUCUAGAAUCCAAUUUGUAGUUCAAAAACUAAAAAUAAGAUUAUAAAUAAAAUAUUGUUGGUUUUUCUGUA